AUGUCAAUGACACUGUUGCUCAAAACGAGUAAAAAGACGCCUGACGACGAAGUGUACGAGCUUCGUCUAGAGGAAGGCGAACUGGAGGAGCUCUGGGAGACGGCUGUCGACUGGAUCCAAGAGAAUAAAAGCCCAAAGGCUCCACAUCUUUAUGCGACGGUUGAGCUGGAGGCGGGAUGA